UUGUUUGACAUAGAAACUUUUUAUAACAGGAUCUGAAGCCCGCUAAUUUAUUAAUAGACAAUGAAGGGAUAUUAAAGAUAGCUGACUUUGGACUGGCAAGAUUAAUGUAUGAUGAUAGUACCCAACCAUAUUCCCAUCAAGUGGCAACGAGAUGGUAUCGAGCGCCAGAAUUAUUGUAUGGAUCGAAAAUUUAUACGUCUGCUAUUGAUAUGUGGUCAAUUGGUUGUAUAUUCGGGGAGAUGAUUAAUAGUUCUCCAUUAUUUCCGGGUGAAACGGAUAUCGAGCAACUAGCAAUCGUUAUAAAGCAACUGGGCUCACCAACACCAGAAUCGUGGCCUGAAUUAAAAACUUUACCUGAUUAUAAUAAAAUAACUUUUCCGUAUCAGAAAAGUGUACCAUGGGAACAAAUUGUCCCUGAAGCAUCACCCGAAGCUUUGGAUAUUGUGCGUUCCUUAUUGAUUUAUAAUUCAUCUAAACGACUGACUGCUGAAGAGGUAUUAAAACAUGAUUACUUUUACGUACCACCUUUCCCGUGUGACAUCAAACAGUUACCAAAACCACCAAGU